AUGAUAAGCUGUGAUUUUCUUACAAAAAUUCAUGAUGCAUUAGUGGAUGCCAAAGGUAACACAGCACCAUUUGGAGGGAUGAACAUUAUCUUUGCAGGAGAUUUUGCUCAGCUAUCACCUGUGAGUGGCAAACAAUUAUAUGCCCACCUUGACCUUAGACGCUGUGCAACAACACAGGGACAAAAGAGCAUAUUUGGCAGACUCCUCUGGCUAUCAACAAACACUGUGGUAUUAUUAACAAAGAUAAUGCGUCAAUCAGGUUCAGAAAAUGAACGAUUCGUUGACUGUCUAACACGUCUGUGUCAAGGAAAAUGCACUUUAGAUGAUUAUCAGCUUCUACAAACAAGAGUG